AUGGACUUUGUCAUAUACGGCAAUACUCAGUUGAGCCCCUGUAUGCUAAUAAUGAACGCAUCGCCGAAUAUACGGCAAUACUCAGUUGAGCCCCUGUAUGCUAAUAAUGAACGCAUCGCCGAGUUAUUGGUCGGUAAAUGUGUGGCACGAUUGCAGCCAAACCAGAAAUUAGCGUACAAGUGUUGGGACAGUAGUGAAAAGUCACAAGCGAUAGCCAUUAAACUUGGAUUGAGCGAGGUAGUCCGAAUGUGGACCAUGUACACCAAAAAAUUAGUAGACCCAGCUCAUAUUGAUAAAGCCUUUUGUCCCGCUAAAGCCUAUCAAAUAUUGGAACAAGUGCGUAAAUUGCAAUUAUCUGAUUGUGGUGAAGUGCAUGAAAUCCGGGAGUCUGUCGACUGGCCGACAUAUAUACACGAUUCGGAAGUUAUUAUGAAUAUCGAUCCCAACGGCCAGUAUGUGGCUCAGGAUAUAGACACCGGAAAACUGUUGGGAUACUUGUGUGGGGUAAAUAUCACUGAGGAUUUAGCAUACAUUGGCUCCUACUGUGUGCGACCAGAAUACCAGGGUCGGGGUAUCGGCAAAGCACUGUGGGAUAAGACUAUUGAACACUUGGGCGACCGAAAUCUCGGACUUGUAUCGUCUGAACAAAAUACAUUUGAGUUUUACAGAGAUGUCCGUAAUUUCCGCUAUAUUUCCGACAGAAGUGUGAUUGUAAUGGCCGGUCCACUGACCCCUAACCCACAACUUAUUGAUAAUAUCGAUGGCAUCUCUUUGGUGUCCAUCGAUGGACACAACGUCCGCGAUGUCAUUGAAUACGACAAACACGUUAGCGGUUUAGACCGCAGUGUACUCAUUGAGAGCUUAUAUAAAAUCCCAGAAAAUAUUAAUCUACUAGCAAUUGACGACCAUGGUCAUGUGAUGGGCUAUUGUUUCAUAAAUGAAAAAAAUAUGAGGCUAUACUACGUUGAGCCCCUGUAUGCUGAUAAUGAACGUAUCGCUGAAUUAUUGGUCGGCAAAUGUGUGGCACGUUUGACGCCAAACCGGAGGUUAGAGUACAAGUGUUGGACCAGUAGUGAAAAAGCACAAAUGAUAGGCACUAAACUUGGAUUGAGCGAGGUAGUCCGAAUGUGGACCAUGUACACCAAAAAAUUAGUAGACCCAGCUCAUAUUGAUAAAGCCUUUUGUCCCGCUAUGCACGAAAUCUGGGGGUCCGUCGGCUGGUCGAGAUAUAUACACGAAUCGCAAGUUAUUAUGAAUAUCGACCCCAACGGCCAGAAAACUGUUGGGAUACUUGUGUGGGGUAAACAUCACUACGAUUUAGCAUACAUUGGUUCAUACUGUGUGCGACCAGAAUACCAGGGUCGGGGUAUCGGCAAAGUAUUGUGGGCUAAGACUAUUGAACACUUGGGCGACAGAAAUCUCGGACUUGUAUCUUAUGAACAAAAUACAUUUGAGUUUUACAGAGAUGUUCAUAAUUUCAGACGUGUGAUUUUAAUGGCCGGUCCACUGACCCCUAACCCACAACUUAUUGAUAAUAUCGAUGGCAUCUCUUUGGUGGCCAUCGAUGGACACAACGUCCGCGAUGUCAUUGAAUACGAUAAACACGUUAGCGGUUUAAACCGCAGUGUACUCAUUGAGAACUUAUAUAAAAUCCCAGAAAAUAUUAAUUUAGUAGCAAUUGACGACCAGGGUCAUGUGAUGGGCUAUUGUUUCAUACUUGAAACAAUUAACGGAGUGUACUCAGUUGAGCCCCUGUAUGCUGAUAAUGAACACAUCGCCGAGUUAUUGGUCGGCAAAUGUGUGGCACGUUUGACGCCAAACCGGAGGUUAAAGUACAGGUGUUGGACCAGUAGUGAAAAGGCACAGAUGAUAGGCACUAAACUUGGAUUGAGCGAGAAUUAG